GUAAAAUAGUGUUCCAUGGUACAACAGAUAUAUAUGCUUUUUAACCACAAGAGUACUUUUUGCGACAACACCCACCCAGCAGUGCUCACUUAAAUGAAUUUAAUGGCUAAUAUAAGAUAACUUGGUGGUUAACAAAGUUUAUUAUGAAAAAUUACUAUUUUUAGUACACUAUUUUUAAUGAACCUUAAAGAGAACACUGAAAGAGUCAGCAAACUGUUUCUCUAAUACUUUCAAGACCACAAGACUGCAUGCCUGAAAUAAGAAUUAAAUGCAAAAACCAUUAAGUAGAUCAGCUGGGCGUCUGAGGUACUCACUCACUAACUCACUCACUCACUCACUCACCCAUUCGAGUACCCCGAUUAAAAUAAAUUCUGCGGUAACGAGAUAAAUUAAAUAGUGUAUUCAGGUCGCUUCUAAAAUUCACCCCCAAAAUGACUUUUACUUUGAAAAAAAAAUAGCUCCCGGAAGUUAUCAUAGAGGCGAACGGUAUGACUACAAAAUUAUUGCGAGAAUCAGAGCAUCAACGGGCUAUGCCGACCGUACUUUAGUCACGGAACAUUUUUACGUUUUCAAAUAACUAAUGUAGGCUUCAGUUGCCAAUAAAAUGUCACCAGAAUUGGAAAGGUUUCCAAGAAACAUACUUGUAUGCGAGAGAUCCAACUUCCUGAAUGAAAAAUCUCGUCAUGGCAUCCACGUGUCUAAGCAUUAUUUCAACUAUAAGGUCUCCAUUUUCAUACCUGAGUGUGGAAUUCUACCAGCUGGAUUAAGCAGUGUGAUCAAAAGUUUCAACUCAUAUUUUCUGGUUCAGAAAUUACCAGUAUACAAACUCAUAGAGGAGGUAUUCCUUGACGAGGUUGUGAAGAAAGGUGGAUUUUAUGCGCUCUCACACAAAACCAGAAUUGAUGAAGACAAUACUAUUGCAUUUUUGCCCAGUGGGCAAAUGAUAUUGUCACUGGAUAAAGAUACAUAUGAGCAGUUGGGUUUAGAGGGAAAACCAUCACUGUACAAUCACAGGAAUGCCAGAAGAUAUGUUGUGACUGUAGACUUUACCGACAAGUCAAUGACUGUGGGUGGAAAGCGGUAUCAGCGGGUACUGCUGGGCCUGAAGGAGAGGGUGCCACUCACAUGUGACUUCCUGCUGUCCAGAUACAGCACAGGAACUGAUGAAGAUGGAGCUCUUCAGGGUCUGCUGUCACAGUAUUCCUUUGAAGUGAUCAGACCUGCUCAGUACAGCCAGACUCUGAGAAUCGUACCCUGCCCCACGCUACAUCCCUCUGACCUACAGGGAAAGGCUGGAUCAUGUGAUCCCCAUCAGUUCCUGGAGUGGCUUGGGUCAGUCAACAUGGGCAUCAGAUGCGAUAAUUCAGCUUCUGACUUCCUGUCAACAUAUGUUUGUCCGGAGCCUCAGGACUCUAUGAGUCAGGCUCUGUUGUAUACAAUCACUGGAUUCUUGAUUCCUGAGGACAUCCAAUCACUGCUGCAGGAGUUACAACGAUACUUUGAUGAGCCAAAGUUCUCGCCUUGGCUUUCACUAACUGUACAUGGAUUCGUGGACAGCCCAGUAUCUUGGGGAACCAUGGAGCAUGGCUUCCUCAGUAGUGGAGAGAACUUCUACAACUUUGUUUGCUUCAAGAAUCAGGACUAUUGGCUUCAUAUGGCUACCGGAGCCUUGGAUGGUUGUCCGCCAUAACACGCUUAAAUAUUUAAACUGCUCUUCAUUUUUUUUU